CCCGCCGCUGGAUCCUCUGCUGGGCUUCUCUCUGCUUCCUCCGAGGACACAAACAAGACAACUUGACUCGGAUCCACAAGCUGAGGAUUUAGCUUUUGAUCCGCGACGCACCGGGGAUGGUUAUCGUCGUUUUUACGCGGCUUUUUCCUGUUUGGAAUUAACGCGGCGGAGGAGAAAUGAAAGUGACGGUGUGUUUCGGGAGGACCCGGGUGGUCGUUCCGUGUGGAGAUGGGAAUAUAAAAGUCCACAGUCUCAUCGAACAGGCGGCCAUGAGGUAUAAAAAGGCCAUAGCGAAGGACCCCGGCUAUUGGGUUCAGGUCCACAGGUUGGAGCAUGGAGAUGGAGGCAUCUUGGACCUGGAUGACAUGCUGCGUGAUGUGGUGGACGACAAAGACAGGCUGGUUGCCGUAUACGAAGAGCAGGAUCCACACAAUGGAGGUGACGGUACAAGCGCCAGCUCCACAGGCACACAGAGUCCAGAACCCUUUGCCAGUGACAUGAGUUCAGCGUCGGCCUUCCAGCCCUACCAAGCCAACAGCGAGAUCGAGGUUACUCCGUCUGCGCUGCGAUCCAGCAUGUCUCUCAACGUCCGUCGCAGCAGUGAUCCCUCCCUGGCCGGCCUUCCUCCAGGUGAGGUCCCAGCUGGUCCAGAGGAACCGUCCAGAAAGAACCCAGCUCGCUGGUCCACAACUGCUGGUUUCCAGAAGUACAGCCAUAAACCCAACGCGAGCGGCGGCACAGGCAGCCUGGAACGAAAGGGCAGAGGAGCCCACGCUUACCGAAGUCUUCCCCGUGAUACGAGUGGCUGGACCACUCAGUUCCAGAGAGAGAUGACUCGAUCUUCGUUGAGCGCCAACCAUCCGAUGGUGGACAGAUGGCUUGACCGGCAGGAACAGGAGGAGGAGGAAGAAGAGCAAAGGAAACACGAAAGGAGGAUUGAACGGAUAGAGCCAGUAGGGAGGGCCGACUCCUCAGUGGAACAUUCACCUGUGCUGCACCUCGAAGGCAUGCUCAAGCCGGUUGAGGUGUCCAAUGAAGGAGGGCCCCUGGGAAUCCACGUAGUGCCUUUCAGUGCGCAGGAUGUCAGGACUCAGGGCUUGCUCGUGAAGCGUUUGGAGCGCGGGGGCAAAGCCGAGCAGGAGCGUCUCUUCCAGGAGAACGACUGCAUAGUCAGAAUUAAUCAGGGAGACAUUCGCAACCUUCGCUUUGAACAAGCUCAGAACAUUUUCAGGCAAGCGAUGCGUUCCUCUGUCAUCCUCUUCCACGUGGUCCCUGCAGCCCUGAAAAGGCAGUACGAGCUGCUGUCGGCCCGGAACGAGAUCAGCAGUCCGCCCCAGUCCAACAGGGUCCGCUUCAGCCAAGACUCUCAGCAGCCAGGGGACAGGUCGAGUCUGGUCGGGGGGGCCAUGUCCAGAUCUGGACCGCAAUCCAGCUUCAACCACAACCACCAGGGUCCCCUGGCAGGAAGCACCCCAGAGCCAAGUCGACGCUUCACCACUUUACCCCACAACCUGGUCUCUAGGACCUCGUCAGCCCCAUCCCCCUCCCUACAGCGCAGGAUAAGCACAAACAUGUCCACCAGCUCCUAUCUGAAGAACAAAGGCCGCAGAUUCAACAUCCAGCUCAAGAAAGGUCCAGAGGGCCUUGGAUUCAGCAUCACAUCCAGAGACGUCCCAAUCGGUGGUACUGCGCCCAUUUACGUCAAAAACAUCCUUCCUCGAGGGGCUGCCAUCCAAGACGGAAGACUGAAAGCUGGAGACCGGCUGCUGGAGGUCAGUGGAGUGGACCUGAACGGUAAGAGCCAGGAAGAAGUAGUGGCCCUGCUCCGAGCCACACCCAUGGGUGGCACCGUCAACCUGUUGGUGACUCGCCAAGAAGACUCCCUGCUGCCCCGAGAAGUGCCAGAGGAGGAUGACAUGGUGUUAACCCCCGACGGUACACAGGAGUUCAUGACGUAUGAGAUCCCCCUGAAUGACUCAGGCUCAGCAGGCUUGGGUGUCAGUGUCAAAGGUAACCGGUCCAAGGAGAACCACGCUGACUUGGGCAUCUUCGUGAAAUCCAUCAUCAAUGGAGGGGCUGCUAGCAAGGAUGGGCGUCUACGUGUCAAUGACCAACUCAUUGCAGUCAACGGGGAGUCGUUGCUUGGGAAGACCAACCAGGAGGCCAUGGAAACGCUGCGCAAAUCUAUGUCGGUAGAGGGCAACAAGCGAGGGAUGAUCCAGCUCAUCGUGGCUCGGCGGGUGGCCAAAAACAAUGAGGAAGCUCUUGGCAGCCCUCCGUUGUUGGAGCAUCCCGUUAACUCCCUGCUUGACAGCAAUGAACGCCGGAUCUCCCAUUCUCUUUAUGAAACCGCUGAGAGCCUGGACAACAUUUCCACACCGCGAGCUAAUUCUAUCGGACGCAUUGGUAACUACCAGUUCUCCCCCACUGUGAACAUGCCGCAAGAUGACAUAGUGAUGAUCGAAGACGAUAGGCCACCCCUGCUUCCUGCCCACCUCUCUGACCAAUCGUCUUCCAGUUCCCACGAUGACAUGGGCUUCGUGGGAGAAAACCCUGUCCCCUGGAUUCAUGAACUGCCCGGUCAGAAUGAAUGCACGCUAAGUCCAGACGCAGACGCUGACGGUUCAUUCCAGAGGGAGGGCUUCGGACGCCAGAGCAUGUCGGAAAAGCGCACCAAGCAGUACGAGAACGCCGCUCAGCUGGAGAUCAUCAAGACCCGCAAGUCCAAGAGCAUGGAUCUAGGUUCUUCAGAACAAGCGGUCGGACCCUCGCUGGGGUUGAAAAAGUCCAGCUCCCUGGAGAGCCUGCAGACGGCUGUUGCCGAGGCCACGCUGAACGGCGAGAUCAACGUCAACAGGCCGCGCUCGCGCAUUGUCAGGGGUCGCGGCUGCAACGAGAGCUUCCGAGCUGCGAUCGACAAAUCGUACGAGAAGCCUGGCGUGACUGCAGGAGAGGAGGAGAACAGCAUGGAGACACUGGACGAGGACACCGAGGGAAGCUCCCGGUCAGGUCGUGAGUCCAUGUCCACCAGCGGCGACCUCAUCGUGGGCUCCGGGCUAAACGGCAACCUCUCCAAAGAUGACAGACGGAAAGACAGGGACAAGGCUGGGGGGAAGGAGAGGAAGAAAUCGGAAAGGGAAAAAGACAAAGAUAAGGACAAGAACAAAGCCAAGAAAGGUGUGCUGAAGGGCCUGGGCGACAUGUUCAGGUUUGGAAAGCACCGGAAGGAUGAGCGGCCAGAGGACAGGAUGGAGAGGAAGGGCUCCAGUAAAUCUAAAGCCGAGGACAUGCAGGCGUCAGAAGAGGAGACCUUGCGGAUGAGGCUGGAACAGGAGAGAAUACAGGCCAAGACACGAGAGCUUCGGGAGAGGCAGGCAAAGGAGAGGGAGUACGCCGAGAUCCAAGACGUCGUCAGCCGCACCUUCAGCUCGGAUGAGGACCACACGUACGCCGGCAUCGGGUCGUUAGACUCGUCGGUAGACAGCAGCAUAGACCCUUACAGCCACCACUACCAUCUCCCUCAGAGUCCUCAGAGCCCUCACCCGCCACUCAGCCCUCCAAACAACGGCCCACCCCUGGAGGCGCUGUACGCCCAGGUCAACAAGCCACGCAACGCACGUCCUGCAGCUUCAGACAGCAGUCAGAUGGCUCCCAGUAACCACGACCGGAUACAGAGGCUGAGGCACGAGUUCCAGCAAGCCAAGCAGGACGACGACCUGGAGGACCAUCAGCACACAUACAGCUUCGACCAGCCCUGGGUGACCAAUGGGACGGACGCCACACAGAGCGGACGCCAUUCUGUGACGGUCGAUUCUCAGGUCCAGAAACAGCAGCAAGAUGACAGAGAUGGUUUCCAACAAGCACCAAGACAGUACAGCUCCCUGCCUCGGCAACCUCGCAAGAACCCCAGCACAGUGUCCCAGGAGUCGUGGGACAAGGUGUACAUGCCAGCAGAGGGACUCCAGACGUCCAAAGAGAACCCUCGCUACUCCGGGGGCCAGAGCUCACGUAACGGCUACCUUGGAACGUCCAGCUUUAACGCCCGUGUUCUCUUAGAGACCCAGGAGCUGCUGAGGCAGGAGCAAAGACGCAAAGAGCAGGAGGCCAACAAGGCCAGGCCGCCUCCCGCCCAGGAAGCCCCCAGUGGCAGCACCUACGACCACAACGGAGACCACGCCCAGGCCCCGGCACAGGCCCCGGCACAGGCCCCAGCACAGGCCCCACCUCAAUCCAAAGGCCCCUACCGACAGGACGUACCCCCGUCACCUUCCCAACUCGCCAAGCUCAGCAGGCUUCAGGGUUCGGAGAAAGGAAGGCUGUUUUAUUCCUGAGACAGUGAAAAGAAAAAGGAAAACGAAUGUUCGUGGGAGAUUAGGACUGAUCCUUACAGGCAUUUACAGGGAAAAAAAAUAAAUACAAAGAGGGUAAACAAGGCAAGUUUUUUAUAAAAUACUGAGGUACAAAGAUUUUUAUGGGAUCGUUGUUAUAAAAUGUUAAUAUUUAAAAAGAAUUUAAUGAUAUGAUCCUUUUUAACUGUAUCAAAAAGAAAUGAUCUGAGAUGUUUUAUUUGUCCAGCGUUGUGAUCUUCCGUGUAUAUAAGUGCCUUUUAGUCCAUCGAUUGUUCGCUCUUUGUAGGCAUCAACCCCAUCGUUUGACUCAUGAUGUGCAGUUUUGACCCGUCCGGUAGCGCAGCUCUACAUCUGACAGCAGAACACCUAAUGAAAGCCUCUAUCUUUGAUUGUUUCUUCUACUUCUCCUUCUUCUUUUAGGGUUUCUUAGUGGUUGGUUGGUUGUUUCUGGCUUCUACCACCAUGUAUAACAUAGCCCAGGGGUUCUCAACUGGUCUCACCCUGGGACCCACAUUUUCAGUGUUCGGAGAUCCAAACUGAUAUCUUGAUUCCAGCACAGCGGAGGAAUAGUUGGCUAUUCGGGUCCAGUCUUAGUAUGAAAAUACAUGUUUUCAAUACUCCGGGUCAUAUUUGCGCUUUGCCAUCUUGCAUCCCAACAUCAACACAAA